AUGACUAUUCAAGUCGUUGUUAAUCCUUACGACGACACAAAAUACUAUCCCCGCCGUGGAGACAGACAGAGCCAAAAGCCCAGCAACGAAAAUGCCCAGGGCCUAUUCCCCCCCAGCGCCUGUGUCUUUGUUGGAAACCUUUCGACCAAGGUCCCUCUUGAGACCCUUGCCGAAGAUCUGAAAGAGAAAUUCUCGGCAUUCGGUACAUGCCAUGUGAAGAUUAAACAGGACAAGAAGAAAGGACUGCCUGGUGCCUUUGUGCAAUUCGAGGCAAGCAGCCCUCCUUGA